AUGCUGGCAGUUGGCACCCAUCACCGAACAAGCAAGCUUAGUGGACCCCACACUAGGGUAUCAGCAUGUUUAGCAAUACGCGUUGAUUUGGGUGCAAACUACUCCUACGUUGAAGUCUUCCAAUACCCCAAGGUGAGCAUUAUCAUUAACUAUGAGGCUUACAGCUCAACACUUAGCUAUGUCGCAUUCGUAGACAAAGAACAUUUCAUCGGUGACGCCACAAAGAAUCAAGCGGCCUUGUUUGAAGUGAAGCGCCUGAUCAGGCGUCUCUUCAACGAUGAGGAAAUCGGAGUCUUCGAUGCGUGUCGUUUCGACGAUAUCCAGUACAAGCUUUUCGACAAUACCAUUGUGGAAAUGCAGACGUUGUUGUGUGCCUACUUUCCUUUGUCCAUCCAGCUCAAACUUAAACUCCGUUGA